CACCGAUCUACGGAAAGAGCCGAAGAUGUCAGCUCAGUCAUGUGAUCAGCUGUGUCCAAUCACAGCUGAUUGCAUGGCACUGAUGAUCAGUGUGCCUUGAUGAUCAGUGUAGCCCCAGCUGUGCCACCUGUCAGUGUCCAUCAGUGCCAGCUGUCAGUGCUCAUCCAUGCCACCUGCCAGUGUCCAUCAGUGCCACAUCAAUGCUACAUAUCAGUUCCUACCAGUGCACAUCAAUGCCACAUAUCAGUGCCCAUCUGAGCUUCCUUUCGGUGUCACCUAUCAGUGC